AUGACAUCAAAUACCACCGGAGACCUCAACACAAUCGGCAAAAAGGGUGUGUGGAUAAAACUUCCCAUUGAACUUGCAAACCUUGUUGAAACUGUGGUCAAGGAAGGCUUUUGGUAUCAUCAUGCAGAGCCAAAUUAUCUAAUGCUGGUUUACUGGAUUCCUGAAACUAUUAAUACACUCCCUGCAAAUGCUACACAUCGUGUUGGAGUUGGUGCUAUUAUCUUAACAGAGAAAAGAGAGAUGCUUGUAGUACAGGAAAAGAGUGGCAGACUUCGAGGAACAGGUGUCUGGAAUAUCCCUAUUGGAAUCGUGGAUGAGGGAGAGGAUAUAUGUGCAGCAGCCAUCGGAGAAGUUAAGGAAGAGACAGGAGUUGACGCAGAAUUUGUCGAGGUAGUAGCUUUCUGGUUCUGGGAUAGCUAA